AUGGCGCUGCCAUUGGGAGCAAUACAGCUCGCUGUGGUGUCUUUCAUUGCUUCCACCCUCUCGAUCACAGCGCUUGGGCUUCGGCUAUGGUCGAGGCAUAUCCUAAGGCAGUCGUUACACUUCAAUGACUACAUGGCGAUUGUGGCUAUGGUCUUUACUGCUGGUGCUGUGUCGGUCUUUCUAGCUGCGGGUUUCGCUGCCGGACUCGGCGUCCAUCUGCAAGACAUUAUGAGAACAGAUCCAGGACUAUUCGCGCUGCAUCUCAGGCUAUUCGUGCCUGCACAGUUGCUCUGGGCCGCAGCGAACACGAGUGUCAAGUUUUCGAUAUUAUCGCUUUACACUACGAUAUUCCCCGAAAGGAGAUUCCAAUUGAUAUGUUAUGGUACAAUGGCAAUAUCUCUCGCAUAUUUGGUUAGCGUCAUUGUGGAGGCCUUUGCCCUAUGCAAGCCCGUGCAAUACUCGUGGGACAAGAGUAUCCAGGGAGGUACGUGCACCGGCGAGAAUCUGGCAUACCUCGUCGCUGGCAUUACGAAUCUCGUCAUCGAUGCUUUCAUCGUCUCCCUGCCUAUGCCGAAACUGUUCGGGCUGCAGAUGUCGUUAUCUAAAAAGGUCGGAGUAGCGGGAAUGUUCAGUCUUGGCGCACUAAUAUGUGUGCUCUCACUUCUGCGUGUGCUCUGGCUUUGGAACUGGGACUUGACGGAUAUGACCUACACUGUCACACCAGGGGCCAUUUACUCUGUUCUGGAACCGACACUAGGCGUAGUGAAUGCGUGCCUCCCGGUCAUUAGGCCCUCCUUGCAGCGGAUCUUCGGAAAAGGGACCCUCAACUGGACGAAGAAGGAUCCAGACGGAUCCGACGCGUCGCAAACCUUUGGCAGCCGUCAACGUCACACAUUGACAGGGGGCAAAGAUGCCAAACAUGGGGAUUUCGUGAGACUGGCGGACGACAUCUCGCUAUCGAAUAUACGUGCAGCACCCAAUCACCCUCGCAACCUCGCGGAGCGGGACGCUAUCCGAGUCAACAGGGAGUGGACCGUCGACCAUUCCCUGCCUGGGGGCAGGUCUGACAGAAUCUAG